AUGAAGGCCGUUGCUGCAACACUGUUGGCGGCCGCCUCCCUGACGGGGGCCCAGAUCGCCACCGUCACCGAGCCCUCGAUUUCAGACAUCAAAAAGGCAGCAGCUACCACGCUUCCCGAGUCUCCUACCUCUGAUGUCAAGGGCUUGGCCUUCAACCGGUUCUAUCAGGUCUGGUUGGAGAAUACGGACUAUGCGGACACGGAGAAAGAUACCAACAUGCAGUGGCUGGCCUCCCAAGGUAUUCUCUUGACCAACUACUAUGCUGUGACUCACCCGUCCGAGCCCAACUACUGUGCUGCCGCGGGUGGUGAUACCUUUGGCAUGGACAACGACAAAUACCAACGGGUCCCGGCUAAUGUGUCCACUGUCGCGGAUCUGCUGGACACAAAGGCCAUCUCCUGGUCCGAGUACCAGGAGCACAUGCCUUAUCCAGGCUUUCAGGGCUUCAACUACUCGAACCAGGAGACUUAUGCCAAUGACUACGUGCGCAAGCACAACCCCCUGGUUCUCUACGAUUCGAUCGCCAAAAACGAGACUCGGGCUCGACAGAUCAAGAAUUUCACCGACUUCGACCACGAUCUGUCCAACAAGAAGCUCCCACAGUGGGCCUUCAUCACUCCCAACAUGACCAACGACGCUCAUGACACCAACGUUACUUUUGCCAGCAAGUGGGAGCGUAGCUGGAUGUCAUCUCUGCUGAAGAAUGACUACUUCAUGAAGGACUCACUCAUCUUGUUGACCUUUGACGAGGAUGACACCUAUAACAAGACCAACCGCGUCUACAGCGUUCUCGUCGGAGGUGCAGUUCCCGACAGCCUCAAGGGAACCAAGGACGAUACCUUCUACACCCAUUACUCGACCAUCGCCUCCGUCAGUGCCAACUGGGGUCUGCCUUCUCUUGGUCGCUGGGAUUGUGGUGCCAACCUUUUCGAAAUCGUCGCCAACAAGACCGGAUAUGCCAACUACAAGGUUGACAUCACCAACUUGCGCCUGAACGAGACCUACCCUGGUCCCCUGUCAUCAGGACAGAACUCAAAGUACUCCUCCGUCUGGCCUGUUCCUCUGACUGAUGGCAAGUGUUCAGCCGGUCACGGUAUCCUGGACCUCGUCAAGAAAACCUAUGCCGGACAGACUGCCACUUACAACUACUCCGCCCCCUACCCUUGGGAUGCGAAGUCCGACUAUAACACCCGCGUCACUGCGACACGCACAAACUCAACCAACAGCUCUACUUCUACGUCUAGCUCCGCUUCCUCGACCACCACUCUUCCGGCCAACGGUGCUGAUGCGACUAUUGUCUCUGGAACUCCUCUUCUGACUGGAGCUGUUGUUGCCUGUCUCGCAUACCUUCUUUAA